UCAAAGUUGAGAAUCAAUCAGAAACUGUCGUCUGCGUUUAUAACUGCGCUUGUCACCUUGGGCCAAAAGAUCCCCAAGUAUUUAGAAAUCGCUUCCGUUUUGUUUCCAGUUACCAGUUCUUCUUCCUAGUGCUCGAAACGAGUGGAACGUUUCUGAAUCUUGGGGAUUCCAAGGUGAUCCUGAGUGCUGUUUCAUCUGCGCUGAAGUCUUCUCUUGAAAAACUCCACACGAGUUAACGUGAUGCUACCGCACAGAAAGCGCAUCCACUGUGCUCGAAAAUAGGUCAUAUAUUGAGUUUCGUAAUUUGAUUGGACUGGACAAUACCAUCUUUAUUGUAGUUGUUCCAAGCAAUUACCUCAUCUCGAACCGUACGUGGUUCGUCAUAGACACUGUCAUCCAUCAUUAAAUUUUCUUCAAAGAUUUCUUAAUAUUCCAGAAGAAUCAUUUCUAUAAAUAAAGAAUCUACAAGAGAAGUUAAAAAUCAUUCAUUUUUCUGGUUAAAACGCUCCAUCAGCAACCAUUUUCUGCAGUAGAGUUCCCAACAUCCAGAUGAACUUUUUGGAAAUCAUGAGUUCCUCAUCCAAAUUGACAUGUUCGAAGCAACUUCAUUGGAUUUACGGUCAGGUAAGAUGACAGACAAGCUCCCAGUAAUUUGAUCAGCGCCUCGAAUCUCAGUGUUUUCAUCAUCGUCUGUUAAAAGAAUAUCUUGUGUGCCACUAUGACUUUUUUGGCCUUUUUGACGAGAUUUUUUAUCGGCCAGAAGAACUUUAUUAUGGGUCACAAAAAGGGGAUCUCCCGCUUUUUCGCCACCAUCAUGUACCUUGGCUAUCUUGCUCUUGGAGCCUACAUCUUUUACAUGAUAGAAGCACCCAACGAAGCUAAGGAGAGACAAAAAAUACAGAAAGUGAAGUCCAACAUGUUGGAGAUGUACCCAAACAUGCCUGAAGGAGCCAUUGAUCACUUGUAUUCCCAGCUGUCCGAUGCAGGAGUGAAAGGAAUUGUGACUCAAAAUGAUACUGCUAAAUGGACUUUCGGAAAUUCCUUUCUCUUCGCUAUGACCUUGUUGACCACCAUUGGUUACGGACACUUAUCGCCUGCAACUGAGAUUGGUAAAGUCGUCUGCAUGAUAUAUACUGCCAUUGGUAUACCUAUUACUCUCCUUAUUUUGGCAUUGCAUGUAGACAUGCUAACCAGCAUCUCGAAUGCAUACAAGGCGAACCUCUUUCGAAGAUUGGGCUUCCAACAUCCAUUUUUUGUCAGAACCUUGCACUUCUUUUCCGUUAUGGUUUUUAUUGUCGUUGGAACCUUCUUUCUGCCAGCUUGGGUAUUCUAUUCUUUGGAAGCUGGUUGGUCAUACUUGGAUGCUAUUUAUUUCUGCUUCAUUUCUUUGACAACUGUUGGGCUCGGAGACUUUGUACCAGGCUUGGCUGUUCAACAUCCACACGUUGAACUUUACAGAUUCCUUGCAACACUCUAUCUUAUCAUGGGUGUGACUGUCGUAAUGUUCAUGAUGGGAUUGGCCACUGACUAUUACCAGAAUUGUAACAAGGGCUACCACGUGAUACCCGUCAAGAUUAUUCCCGAGAAAGCUCCUAUCUUGCCAAAAGAUCCACCCGCCUAUGGGGAUCCUCCUCCCCCUUCCUACGGAGCGAUCAUCAUUCCGGAGACAAUUGAUGAAACCAGACUCUUACUUUCGUGACACUCUUGAAAACUUUCUCUUACCGAGUUAACUGAAGAGUGUCAUGGGCAGAGAAUCGAGGCUGCGAUUCAGUGCCUUCAAGGAAAUGUCAUCUUUAUGAUCAAUUCAGUGAACAAAACUCGUCAAUUGAUUGAUGAGUUUGACAUUGCAUGCGUAUGUGUGCAAUGCAAGAUAUUGCUGAUAGUUUGAGUCAUUUCUUUGAGUUAAAGAGAUUAGAUGUAUGUGAUGUUAAGUUAUGAUUAUGUGAUCAUGUGCAAUAAUUUAAUAAGAAUUGUGCAAUAAUGUUUAUUUAAAAUGCAUCAUCUUUAUUUUUUUGUGGAGCAGUGGAUGUUGCUUUUGAAGUGAUUUAUCUGUAAGUUUAAUAUCAUUAGAAUAAAGAGAGUGACUUCAAA